UAAUAUUGCAAACAUCACUGCUGAUUUAAACAAUAUUAAACAUGCCGACAUUAAUUUACCUUAUCAUAUCGUUAAUUAAUUUUUCCGUAUUUGCUCAUAAAUGUCGGAUAGUACAACACGGUGAUCAAACAAUUGCAGAUUGCACCAGACUGAAGUUAAAUUAUGUUCCAACAGGUUUACCAUUGAGUAUAUCAGGUCUUGAUCUGAGCUAUAAUCAAAUUUCAAAGAUAGAAAACAAUGCCUUUGAAUCUUUUUCUAAUUUGACAACACUGACAAUGGAUUCUAACAAUAUUGAUACUAUAGAUGGUCCUGCCUUUAAAGGUUUAAAAAGAUUACGAUGGCUUUCAAUGAAGCACAACCAACUAAACAUAUGCUCUACAAUAUUUGACAUUGUACUUAAACCGUUAUUGCAUCUACAACACUUAGACAUCAGAUACAAUAUAAAUAAAACGGUGGAUAUACCAAAACCAAUGGUUUAUCCCUACUUUGGAAACCAUUCUUUUUUAACUGAUUUAUAUAUGGAUAUUGUGCAAAACCCUGUAUUCAAUUUGAGCGGAUUUGAAAAAUUAUCGAAACUCAACACAAUAAAGUUUGCACGAUGCUAUUUAAAACAGAUGACUAAUGACACCUUAGUGGAUUUACCAUCAACCAUUACUGCAAUCUACUUUCACCAGUGUGUCGGUAGGAUAUCGAUUGUAGAAGCAGACCUUUUAAAGCCGUUUCCACUACUUAAGAUAUUAAAUAUGAAUAGAGUGGCUAUACAAUUAGGAGAUGCUUUACAACUACUAUAUCCUUUCACGAAUAAAAGAAUGAACUCAAUUAUAUUCAAACAAAUCAGUCCUCAGGUUCCGAAACCUGUUUUUAUAUCUCGUGUUAUGAUUAACUAUUUGAUGCAUAUUUGUGUAAAAACCUUAGUUUUAGCAGAAAGUGAAAUUGUAGGAUACGAACAAAGAUCUCUUCUUGCACCAAAAUUUCCCGAAUGUCUAGAAAAUGUUGUACUUUCAGGCAACCGAUUUUCAAUAGCAUUAGGACCCCAUUUAGGGGAACUGAUAAUACUUUUGAAGAAAAUAAUCAAUUUGAAAUUUUUUGACUUGUCGUAUAAUGCAAUUAAUUUCAACAAUAUUGAAUACUGCAACCUAGACGUGCUAGACAAUCCUUCAUAUGCAAAAGAAAUAUAUAGGAAAGGAUGCCAAAUUAAGUCUGAAACUACAAAUGAAUAUAAAGAUUACAACCCAAUAUUAGAAAAAGCUCAAAUGAUUGAUGAACCUAAAUUUACGAUUUUUUUACCUGCUAAUCUUACUUUUCUUCGUGUUUCUCAUUAUAUGACAUCGUAUAUACAGACGGGACAAAAGUUAUAUGUAGCCAAUGUCGAUAAUCUCAGAUACUUAGAUUUCUCGUACUGGCAGAUAAAGCAGUUUCCUGAAAUAUAUUCAGAGACUCCUUUCAAUGUUAAAUAUAUGGACAUUUCAGGACUUAACGCAAGUAUUCUUAUUCAUGAGACGUCAAUACCGGUUUUUCAAAAUGUCCAAACAGCUAUUUUGAAAAAUGCAAUGCUUGGUCUAACAAUUGGAAAGAAUGGUAUAGUUUUCCAACUAUUUCCGGCCGUUGAAAAAUUAGAUAUAUCAUACAACAACUUAUGGUAUCUAGAUGCAGAUGCCUUUGACAAAAACUCAAAUUUGUCAAAUGUCAAUAUAGCACACAAUCUACUGCCAGCUAUACCUAUAGCAGUGAUUAAUUUGCGCUACUUAGGUAAAUUUGAUAUUAGUUACAACCGCCUUCAAACAAUCAAUAAAACAUUUAGAGACUGGAUGGAUGAGAAAAGUUAUGAAGGAAUAUUUUAUUUGUCGAUAGAAGGGAACAGUCUUAAAUGCACUUGCGACACGUCAGAUUUUAUAAGGUGGCUUUUCAGCACAAAAGUCGUUUUUGAUCUGGUCAAUAAAAAUUUCAGCUGCACAUUGACAAAUGGAUCGGAAAGUAACACGGUGGUUGUGUACAGACGAUUUCAUGAACAUUUUGGCAACUGCAAUAGCAAAAAUUGGUUGCGCCUAGGAAUAGGACUUCUUGUUGCGUUCGUCAUUUUCACUGUUCCGUUUGCAGUGAUUUUUAAUUUCCGAUGGAAAAUAACUUUUUGGAUAUAUCGUAACUUUAAAAGAGUCGUAGAACAUAGAUUAGAAAGAAAAUUUGAUUACGAUAUUUACUUGUCAUAUGCAGACGACAUGCUUCAGUGGGUUAAAGGUGAUUUUCUUCAGAGAAUAGAAACUUCGUGGCACAUGAAAGUAUGCGUAGAGGACCGUGAUUUCCUAAUUGGAGCAACGAAAGCAGAUGAAAUAGCAAAUGCUAUUGCUGGCAGCAAACAUGCAAUUUUUAUACUGUCUGAGUCCUACAAAGAUAACGAGUGGCACAAAUUUGAAAUCGAAAGAGUCAAGUUUGAAAAAUGCAGAAAUUACUUACAGAAAAUAAUAAUCGUAGUAAAAGAAGCUAGAGUUAAUUGCGUUCCUCAUGAGUUGGACGACAUUCUACAAUAUGUCACUAUAAUAGACUGGGCUGAUAACGAGAUCGGCUGGGACAAACUGCGGAUGACAUUGUUCACUGAUUUCUUUUAAUUGGUGCAAAAUUAUAAAUCAAAUACCAUGCAAAAACCCCUUCUGAUGAUACAUUAUGCACAAUACGCUGCUUAGAAAUCGUUGAUUAAUAUAUCUUCGACUGUUAAUUGUUUUAAACAGUGGCUAUUUUCUUCCUACUUUGAUAGUAAGUUUAUCUAUUAUGGGCACAUUAAGUAUAAGGUCUAUGUGAAAAGAUUCCUAACGGCCAAGCCGAUCUAAUUUAUUAAUAGGAAGGUUAUCUUAGAUAUGAAUUGUAAAUAAACCCCCAAUCCAAGUGGAUACUAUCAACACUUUACAUAAAUUUUUGUCCCAUUUUCUGCUGUACUAUCUCGGAAAAAAGUGAUUAAAGUACAACAUUUUGCAAUCCACGACGAUAAAGGCAAAAUAAUAAAGAAUCUCACAUGGUGUUAAAGACUUUUAAGGUUAAACAAGCACCAAAAAUAAUUAGCAUGAAUACAUUGGUUUAUGCCUUAUUAAGUAUUAUUCGUGUAGUUUUAAAAUUUCCAUUUUUGUUUAACUUUACGCCCUUUAU